AUGGAUCUAGCACCAAAAAAGAAGUCUCAGGAUGCCAAAUUGGCAAUUCUGUCUUUCUCUUACAACUGGGCUGAUAUUGUUGAGCAAGAGGAGAAGUUAAAGAGUAAUGGAGAUGUCCUUGUGCCUCAAAAGCACCUAGACCAGACGAACGUCACAAGUAUUACUGUUGAAGCAGCAGGAUUUUCUACAGCAGAACUAGCAAAGUCUAAGAGCGAGAUCUUGGAUUUCGGAGAGGAAGCCGUAACCAGUGUGGAUGCCAAACUGGCAAUUCUAGCCUUUUCAUAUAACUGGGCAGAUGUGGUGGAGGAAGAAGAGAAAUUAAAGUGUAAUGGAGAUGUUUCCGGGCCUAUGGUACAUCUAGGCCAGACAAUCGCUGACGUCCUGAGUAAAUCAGAGAACUCUUCUACAGUAGAAGCGACCAAUUCUAAGGAAGCAAGAAAAGCCAUCUCUAACCCGAACUUGUCAAACGGAGCCCCCGAAUACAAAGACACAGCGGACACGAACUUCGGUCCAACACAACGAGAUUCUCGCCCAUUGCAACUGGGAGAAAAAGACAAUAAAGAUGCUGCAGAAUCUAGCAGUUUUGCGUCCCCCAAUAAAAUGGAGAAGACCGGGUACCGAAUGGACAAUUCUGUGAUACAGUGCAUGAAGAGACUGACGCAUAUCAGUGAUGCUAAAACUGGAUUUGUAGUGGGUGAAAUUCAUGCGCAGUGCAUUCCUCAAGAAUCAGACAAACGGAAUAGACAGCCAAGGAGGACAGAAUGUAGUAUUACAGUAUCCAAGGAGUUACAGAGCUUAUAUCCUCAAAUCACCCUAUUGGACGGUACUCCUGUUAGAUACAGCAUCAAUAGUGGUGCAACAGCGACAUGCAGCACCAAUAGCGGUACAAUAGGGACAUUCAGCACCAAUAAUCGAACCAGAAAAAUCUGUGGACUGGAAAUCAUUGACCAAGAAAUAUCUAUUCUGUCAACAGAGCCAGAGCAGCUAAUUGCGCCCGACAUCCAGGAAUCAAAGAAUGAGGAAACUGACGCAGAAAACGAGUAUUUUACCAAACACCCUCUGAUGCGACUGUUUCUCUGUGGAGCUUGUUGUUCAAAAAAAAGAAAAACGAAGACCACUGAGAAAGUUGGACUGUUCAGAAGAAUUCGAAAGAUUUUCCACAGGAAAUAAAUGACUGUUACAUGUUCCUGAAAUUAAGAAGCUAAUCUGUGAAAA